GUGUUAGUAUGAGUCAUUGGGAAAUGAUGUGAUAAAAGGCAAUGCCCUUGAUCAAGUGUAUACAUAGCCAGCUUCCCCUGGUUUAAUGUCCAACACCCCCAUAACUCACUCCUCUCUCUUCCCCUUUCUCCUCUCGUUUAAAGCCCAAUUUUCAAUCUCUUUUUGUUCACUGAAACAGCCAGGCACCAGCUCUCGUCUCUAACUCCACCCCCGUAUUGCCCCAUCCUUCCAUUAUCCCACUCUGCCUAUAGCAGCAACACUACCUCUGUUGUGCUCUGUUUUGUCUCAAAACACCAACCCUCGUUCGUUUCUCCUCCACUCACCUCUCUGUUUUGCUCAAUUAACACUUAAAGCUUAAGUACAUCCAUCAUUCACUCAUCUUGGCACGCAAUUACCCUCGAAGAAGGACCAAUCACCCCACUGUUUUUUUUUUUUAAAAAAAAUGAGUGAUCAUCAGCAACAAAAUCUGGAGACAGAAAGCAGCUCAACAAAAGCAUUCUCACCACCCUCUCCAUCUUCACCAUCCUCUAACUCUAACCCAUCAAAGAAACACCAACAAGACCAAGAUUUCUCUCCUUGUAAGAAAAUAACGAGAAUAAGAGACUCUAGCAAGCAUCCAGUCUAUCGUGGAGUUCGGAUGAGAAACUGGGGCAAAUGGGUGUCUGAAAUCCGAGAGCCUCGGAAAAAAUCUCGCAUUUGGUUAGGUACUUUUCCCACCCCAGAAAAGGCGGCGCGUGCGCACGAUGCCGCUGCUUUAAGCAUAAAAGGAAACUCGGCUAUUCUUAAUUUCCCUGAACUCGCUAACUCUUUACCUCGUCCAGCUUCACUUGCUCCUCGUGACGUUCAAGCAGCCGCUGCUAAAGCUGCCCAAAUGGACAACUUUGACCAAAAAUCUGAAACAACCACCACCACAACAGCGUCCUCGUCGUCUUCUUGUACAUCUUCUUUGACAUCUCUUGUCUCUUUGAUGGACUUGUCGUCUCAAGAUGAAGAGUUGAGCGAGAUUGUUGAGUUGCCAAGUCUUGAGACGAGUUAUGAUGAGUUGAACAAUGAUUUUGUUUACUCUGACUCUGUUUAUGGGUGGAUGUAUCCUCCACCAUGGAUGCAAAGCGUGGAGAAUAUCUGUCUCAGCGGUGGUGGUGGUGGGUAUGCUUGUGAUGAUUUUACACUGCCCAAUGAGAGUACUGUUUUAUGGAAUUAUUAGUGUUUUUUUUUUUUUCCUUUCUUUCUUUCUUCCAUAUGAAUGUCUGUGUAUGUAUCUGUGUGCGCGAGUCCGCCCUUCCUCCCUCCCUUCCUUUCUCUUUGUUUUAUUAUAUUCUUGUUUUUUUAUCCGAUCAAGAUUUUUUGGCCCUUGUUUUUCUUUGAGGGUUGGAAUCUCUCUUCUUUUGUGUUUUCUCUUCUUUUUGUUCCUCUUCUUGUGGGUAUGUAUAUAUGACUUUGAAUCUAACUGUACAGUUUUUGGAAAGAGGGAAAA